AUGACAAUAAAAGAUUAUGUGUCGCCAUAUGCAGCUGUUUCCGAGGUGCAGGAAAAGUGGAAAUUAGUACCCGCGUUUUUGGAAAGUAGAGGACUCGUCAAGCAGCAUUUAGACUCGUUCAAUUAUCUUCUGACACAAGGACUUCAAAAAAUUAUAAAAGCGAAUGCGCGCACAGAUGUUGAUCAAAACUUCUUUUGGAAUUACGAUAAUAUUUACGUCGAUCCGCCAGAUGUUGAAUAUGGCAUGAGAAGUGAGGCAAUUACUCCACAUGAAUGUCGACUUAGAGACAUGACAUAUUCGGCGCCAAUUAAAGUUGAUGUUACUUAUGUCCGUGAUAAUCAAAUUAGAAAGGCGCGAGGUCUGGUCAUUGGCCGAAUGCCCAUCAUGUUGAGGUCGGCUAGGUGUGUUCUAGCGGGGAUGUCGCAGGAGCAGUUUUUUAAAGCGAAGGAGUGCCCUCUCGAUCCUGGAGGGUACUUUAUCGUCAAAGGUGCGGAAAAAGUGCUAUUGAUGCAAGAACAAGCUGUCUCUAAUCGCAUCCUGGUUGAGAAGGACAAAACCGGAAUGUUCUGCGCAGUCGUCAAGUCAAAAUCGGACACGGCGAAUACCCAAACGAAUCUUAUCCAGUCGAAGAAUAAAAUUUACGUGAAGCAGAAUAAGCUGCGUGAGCCUGUCAAUGUUGUCGUGCUCUUUAAAGCGCUGGGAAUCGAGCGGGAUCAAGAAAUCGCCGAAUUGAUCGCCACCGAGGACUCCACCUUGGCGCUCCUGGCGCCCAGCUUAUUCGAAUGCCAGCAGCUUGAAAUCUUCUCCCAAAAUCAAGCGAUGAAGUACCUGGAAAAGACAAUCAUGCGCAUCCAGAACCCGAUAGUUUCGCGAUCGCAGAUGCAGUCGCGCUUUCAAACCAGAACACCUCGUAACAGAGAACAAGAAGUCCAUGUAUGGCUCUGUAACACAUUGCUGGUCAAUGUGCCCUGUAAAGAUUUUAACCUGUACGAGAAAGCUGUUUUUCUUGGACUUAUGUGUCGACGACUUCUUCAAGCGCAACAAGGCAUGAUCAAAGCUGACGAUAGAGAUUACUACGGAAACAAGCGAAUUCAGCUAGCGGGGGAUUUGAUAUCCUUACUCUUCGAGGAACACUUUAAAAAUUUCAACGACGAGCUGAAACUUGGCACAAUGACCCGAAUCAAGGGACAUUUCGAAAAGACGAUGAAAGUCACGGGACCCAGAGCGCUGCAAGGAUCUCAAUGGGGAAUGCUCUGUCCUUCUGAUACUCCUGAAGGAGCGCAAUGUGGCCUUGUCAAGAAUAUGGCGCUCAUGUCACACGUGACGACAUUCGAAGAUGAUAAGCCGAUCCAUAGGCUUCUUAUUAAUCUUGGUGUGGAGGAAACGAGCACUUUAUCUGGCUACGAUUUGCAUGGUGCAAAUUAUUUGGUGUUUCUAAAUGGCGCACUAGUUGGCGCCACGCGUAACCCAAAGAGUUUGACGCGCACAGUGCAACUCAUCAGAAGGGCGGGUAGACUUCCUGAGUUUGUUUCGGUCUAUGUCUCGGAGGAACAUCGAGCUGUUUAUCUCGCCUCGGAUGGCGGAAGACUCACCAGGCCCUGUAUAAUUGUUGAAAAUGGUAGGCCUAAGGUCACCCAAAAGCAUAUCAACGCGCUACUGGAAGGCAAGGUGAAGUUUCCGGACUUUGUCAAAAACGGCCUCAUCGAGUAUUUGGACGUAAACGAAGAAAACAGCGCUCUAAUAGCCGUUUACGAACGUGAUAUCACAGAGCAGCAUACGCAUUUAGAAAUUGAACCCUUCGCCUUACUCGGAGUCUGUGCUGGUUUGAUUCCUUACCCAGAUCACAAUCAGUCACCAAGAAAUACGUAUCAAUGUGCCAUGGGAAAGCAAGCUAUGGGUACAAUUGCAAUGAAUCAAAGAGAACGAAUCGACUCCUGCUUGUACAAUCUUGUUUACCCGCAACGCCCGCUGGUGAAGACGCGAACUAUUGAACUCAUCGGUUUCGAGCAACUCCCAGCUGGUCAAAAUGCGACUGUUGCUGUAAUGUCUUAUUCUGGCUAUGAUAUUGAAGACGCGUUAAUUCUGAAUAAAGCUUCUGUCGACAGAGGCUACGGACGAUGUCUGGUUUAUCGUAACGAAAAGACCCAGCUCAAACGUCAAGGAGGACUUGUUGAGACUAUUGAAGAAAGAAUCGAUGGUCCAGCGCUCGAUGCUCAAAGUGGGGAGAAAAUCCGCGCAGAUGAGUGCCUUGACAUGGAUGGAAUCGUAGCACCGGGCGAGAGAGUCAAGGAGUACCAUAAGUUAAUCAACAAAGUGGUCUCAAAAGUUGUGGCAGGGGAAGGUAAUCUACCACAGGAUGAACCGAGGGCGAUUAGAGCUCCAACGAUGGCGAAAUCGCAGCCAAUUCACAUCGAGCGAGUUAUGAUCUCAGAAGAUGCAACGUGGCGAAUGGUGAAACUUUCUUACCGACAGACUCGACGGCCGGAAUUAGGCGAUAAAUUCUCGUCACGUCACGGACAAAAGGGUGUUACAGGGUUAAUCGUUCCACAAGAAAAUAUGCCCUUCAACGAGAUCGGAAUGUGUCCAGAUGUGAUUAUGAACCCUCACGGUUACCCAUCACGAAUGACAGUCGGCAAGUUGAUGGAAUGCAUCGGCUCGAAAGCAGGUGCACUCUCUGGAAAGUUUCACUACGGUACUGCGUUCGGCGGCAAUACGACGGAAGAAAUGGCGCAGACUAUGUUAGACUACGGAUUCAAUUACUAUGGAAAAGAUCUACUCAUGAGUGGCGAAACAGGAGAACCUCUGGAAGCUUAUAUUUUCAUGGGCCCAAUCUAUUACCAGAAGCUGAGACACAUGGUUAUGGACAAAAUGCACGCUCGUGCUACUGGAAAGGUCCACAAUUUAACUCGACAACCACUAGAGGGACGAGCAAAAGACGGAGGACUGCGACUAGGAGAAAUGGAACGCGAUGCAUUGCUGGCUUACGGAGCAUCGAACCUCUUGAAUGAGCGAUUCUUCUAUUCAAGUGAUAAAUAUAGGGUUGAAAUUUGUGGCGAUUGCGGGCUUCACGGCUAUUCCGGAUGGUGCCGCGUUUGUAGAACGGGAGAACAUAUGGCAAGUAUUAACAUGCCGUAUGCGUGCAAGUUGCUGCUGCAAGAACUAUUCUCGAUGAAUAUCAUGCCGAGGAUACAAUUGAAAAGCCAACUGUAG